GGCCCCUUCCUCCGCGCCCGGCGCCCUCGCCGCCUUGUGCUCGCUCGCCGCUCCGGAGCAGCGCCAGAUCCGCUCGCGCCGCCGCCCGCGCCACAUCCGGAUCGCGCGUCCCCUUCUUCCCCCGGGGUCCCCUGCAAACAGAAGCAAGCAGCCGCCGCCGCCGCCGCCCGCCCCGUCCAGGCUUUUGCAUCCGGGCCCAGCAGCAGCAGCCUCGCCGCCGCCUCCUCCUCCGUGCGCGCCUGCAUCCCUCCGCAUCGCCCUCCGCGGCCAUGAGCGGCUGGAACAGCUACAUCGACAACCUGAUGGCGGACGACACCUGCCAGGACGCGGCCAUCGUGGGCUACAAGGACGUGCCGUCUGUUUGGGCCGCCGCCCCGGGGAAGACCUUCGCCAACAUCACGGUGCGCCCCGGGGUUGCGGGGAGCCAGGGGGGUGUGGGGGGGCCCGGCCUGGCCGCCUAGGGAUUUGCACCGGGGGCGGGAAAGAGGAGGAAGGGAAGGGGUCCCCGCCUUCGAAGGCGCGCCCCGGGGCGCUUGGGUUCCUCCCGGGCGAAGUUGCGGGGGGCGCGCGGGGCCUCGACAAAGCCGCUGCAACGAGGCGCUACCUGGGCGACCCUCCCCCGACGGCGGGGUUGUGGGGGGGGUAAGAGAGAGGGAGGGAGGGGCUCUUUCUGCUCCCCCUCCCCCCGUGCGCCUUUGUGCAAAGCGCCUCCGCCACUUCCUCUUGCAAAGUCAGCCUGCAGGCCCGGGAAAGGGGGGGGCGUGGGGGAGGGGAGAGGCGCGCGCUGCUCGGCCCCCGCAAUCGCGGGCAUCCCCCCCUCUUCUUCCAUUCCCCCCCCUUGCAUCUUGCCCUCUCCCCGUUUUUUGGGGGGGGUGGGGAGAAGCGCGCCAGGCGGCCGCGGUUCCUGCUUUGGCGACCGCCACCGCGCCCUGCCCGCGCCCAGCCCGGGAGAGGAAAUGACUCAAAAGCCGGGGGGGAGGGGGGAGGAGAAGGAGGCAGGCCGCCCCUCCCCCGCAGCUGGCGGGGGAGGGGGCAACACCCCCCCAAAAAAGACACCCUCCGAGCGGGUACCCCUAAACCUCUCCGUGCGUAAUUUCUCAUCCAGGCCCAGAUUUGCGGGGUGGGGUGGGGGGGCGGGAUUUCACUCCCGGCUCCCUCGGCGUCGUGGAAACUUCGGCGGGAGCGGGGCCAACUUUUCCACUCCCCCCCCCCGCCAAGUUUGCAUGGCUUCCAAGCCGCUUCCCGAUCCCCGCGGGCCACACCCAGGCGCCCGGGGGCCACGGCCGCCACGUGCCUUUGUGCGCGGGGCGGAGGCUGAGCCCCGGCACCUCUCUUGUCCUUCUCUCUCUCUCUCUCUCUCUCUCUGUCCCCCCCCCCAAACCACUCCGCGAUUGCGCAAGGGCGUCUAGCCGGGGCUGACUCGUGGCCUGACCCGCCGCGCCCCACCCCGGCCCCCCCACUUUGGCAAAGGGGUCUGGAGAUCCCGGCCAAAAUCCUCUCCCGCGUUCCUUGUUCAGAUCCGGCACAAAAGCGGCUCCCCAGUCCCGGCAAAAAAAAGAAAAGACUCUCUGAGCUGAGUCUUGGGGGGGGGGCACGACCUCCCUCUGCACCGUAGGGCUGGCUUCUUCACCCCCCCCCCCCCGGAUGUGGGGCAAGCGCGCCUCCCUCUCUCUUUCUCUUUGCAAAACAGGAUACAGGUGGGGCUUUUGCGCCGCAAGAAGCUUGCAGGCCUUGGAGGGAGAGACUUUCAAGAGCGCAAGCAAACAUGCCCCCCCCGCACUUCUCUUCCCCCCCCCCCCCCUUGCGCAAAGGCCGGGCGGAAAAGAAGUUGCAAAGUUCUAGAAACUCUUUUUCUCCCCCCCCCCCUUUUCUCUGGGGCGCUUCCGGCGCACAGAGUGGAGCCCGGAGGGAACUUUUGCAAAAAAACAAAACCCCAAACCGCCCCGUCGGGGCAUCCAUCGCCUUGUUGGAUUUUUGGGUGCCCCCCCCUCUCCUUUCUUCUUCUUCCCUCCCCCCCCCCCAAGUGCCACGUCUCCAGACCUGGAUUCCUUUCAGCUGCGGCUAAUCUCCGAGCAAUCCCGGCUCUGGGCCUCUGGCAGGAAUCUUUAGGGGGGGGGGGACGGGACGCGAGAGAUUUUGCUGCGAGGCCUGGGUGCAUUUUUCUGCCUUUUCCUUGGAACUUUCCUGCGGGGAGAGAGGGGGGUGUGCGUGUCUCCCAACCCUCCAUUUUCAAAAUGUGGGGACCUGUGCAAAUAAUAAAAAUACCCCCCCCCAAAAAAAAAUUCCAGAUUAAUUCCUCAGUUCCUGCUUUCCAGAUCCUGAGCAAAGGAUCCCUUUUUCUCUCCACCCAGCCCUGGAAGAAUCUGGAGGGAUGCUUUGUUGGAGCUCCUUUUGGGGUGGGGCCCAAAAGAACUGGCCUGGGGGGCGCCCCCUGCAAAGGAUCCACUGUUGAUCCCUUGUUGAUCCACUGAUCGACCUUUAGGCUGCAUCUUAAUGUUUUAAUGUUGUAUUUUAAUCUUGUUUAUUAAGUUGUAUUUUAAUCAACUUGUUUUUAUUAUUGGUUGUUAGCCGUCUUGGCUGGGGAGGGCUGGGUAUAAAUAACAAUUUUUAUUAUUAUUAUUAUUUAGGAUCCACUGUUCUGCCUCUGGAGGAGAGGAUCAAAGGACUUUAAAAUCUCUUCUCCUCUCCCCCCCUUGAUGAAGGGGAUCUGUGCCCCCUUUGCUCAGUGCUGGGGGGGGGACGAGACCCCAAAAUAUCAUUGGAGCCCCAGCAUCUCCCCAUGAUGGGAAGAAGGGGUGCCCCACAGAACUCCUAACCCCCCCCCCAAAAGAAGGCCUUUGCUUCAAACUUCCCAAUUCCCCACCUUAGCGGAAGUGCAACUUGUGUGUGUGCAUGGGGGGGGGCGUUUCUGACUUCUUCCGCAGUUUCUCACUUUUCUCCAAAUUUGGCAAUUGAGCUUCAUCCCUCCUGAUUUUUGGGGGGGGUGUUAUUAUGUGAGUUUGGGGGGGCAGAGAUGGGGGCUGCCUUUUGCAAAAGUGGCCUAACCCCCCCUACCCAGAGAUCCCCCCUUAACCGACUGAAUCCUGGGGGGUCUGUUGGAGGGACCCCAUUUCUUCCCUCUGGGGGGAACUGGAAGGGUGCACCGCCCAAUCUUCCUCUGUUCCCUCCUGUCCCCCCCUCCUCUGUUCCUGGGAGGGGAGUGCGGUGCAAUGGGCGGGGGCGGCCAGGCCUGCCUCUCCCCCCCCCCCCCGCUGCCUCUUCCAUUCUUCCAUCCACUCAGGGAGGCUAUUCUGUGUGUUCCUGCAGUUAAUGUGCAACCUGGGAACCGGAGUCGCUGCCAGCCCAGCCCUGAACUGGCACGGUGCGGGGGGGGGAAUAAAAUAAAGCUUACUGUGUAUGCACUCAGCCCUCCUCCUGGGGAAUUAGGGGCAGAGGAGAGCGCAUUUUGGGAGGAGGGGUAAAGACCUGCAUCGCAGCGGGUUGGGCUGGAUGACCCCUGGGGGUCCCUUAUCCAACGGGACAAUUCUGAGCUGUGAACUUUUUGCUGUGUAUAGGAAGGUCUCCUCUCUCUGCCCCCCCCCCAAGCAGGGGCAUCAUUUAUUAGAGCGCAGCUGGGAGGGGUGGCAGUAAGCCCAGAGAAAGUAUUUGCAGGGCAGGGUCCACUUCAGACCCCCCCCCCAAAAAAACCUGAUGACCUACUUAUCUUGGGGGGCAGUAGGCUGCCUUGACGGAGAAAGUACCAGCAAAUUCUUCCGCCUCACAGCGGGUUGGGCUGGAUGACCUGGGGGGGUCCCAAAAUUCCAAAUGGAGACAUAGAUCUUUUGAGCAGCUAAAAAGGAGACGGGGAGUUCCUGCAGUUGUUCUCCCCCCCCCCAAAAAAAGACCCAGCCAUCCCUUGAGCUAUGGGGUGUGCUGACUACAUUCCCUUCCUUGUAGUGGGGGGGAUGGAACUGCACCCCUAGAUAAUGGGGGGCUUCCAGAGGCCAUGGCAGCAAGGGGGGGCCUUAGUCCUGGGUGGAGAACGACCUCCCCGUACGUUAGCACGCUUUGGGGGGGAGGAAAUUGACCCACAAACUGGACUUAGCCGUGUCCAAGUUGGGGGGGGGGAGAGCCUGGAAGAGACUUCCUCUUCUUGCCCCCCCCCAAGCAAAAAACCAACACCCCUGGAUUUCCCCUGUUUUCCUUUGGGUCUUAAUGGCCAGGCCAGGAGACAGAGGGCGGUUUGUUUGCAGGGGCAACAGGUGCUGGGGCUCCAUUCCAGCUUCCAAAGGGGCAGGAGAGAAGGGGCUUAAUUUGGGGGGGGGUUCCUUUUGUCCCUCUGCCCUCCAUCCAGACCCCCUUCGCCCCACAAGGAACAGUUGCUGCCUGCAGCUGCUUUUUGGGUGUCCUGAGACGCAAAUGUCAGCCCCAUGGCUUGCGCUGCCCCCUUGCCCCCCAAAAAAGAUCUGCCCCCCCUGCAUUAGAGGGGGUUGGGCUAGAUGACCCAAGGGGGUCCCUUCCGGCUCAGCUGCUCUAUGGCCCCCCUGAACCCCCAUCUUCAUUCUCUGGUUUGGCACUGAAAUCCAGUGGCUCCCAAACUUUUGGGGGGGGGCAGAAAACUCACACCCAGCACCCCUAUUUUUCACAAAAGCACUGCUCAGGUGAGAAGCUUGCAUUUCCCCCCAAAGGCAACAAUAUAAUUGCCCAAUUAAAUAAAAAGUAAGCUAUUUAGUUUAAUUGAAGAAUAAUAAUAGUUUUACUAUUUUUAAAUAUAUUUUUUUGAAGGUUACAUCCAGUUGUACAUUCUCUUGUUCUUUACAGUACAUCCGAAAUUAUACCAUGUAUAUAUAUGUCUUAAUUGUGAAUGUAUUUCUACCGUUGUGAUCUCACAACACAGCUUCUUCUAUUUUUUGUUACUUUUAAAUGGUGUUGUACAUAUUAUUCACUUAUUCCCCAUAAAUCUUUUCUUAACUUUUUGCAUUGACCGAAGUUUGUAAAUAAUUUUACUAUUUCUUCUCUCCCCCCCCCCCUUCCCAAAAAAAUCUGGCUGGCUUUCCCAGCCCACCAAACUGACAAACUUGAUCCAAACUUUGCUAGAAUCCUGGACUUGAAAGGGGACCCUGGGGGUCAUCCAUCCCUACCCGCCUGCGAGGCCGGAAUUGCAGCUCAAAAAUAACCCCCGAGAACCAUGGAAUCGUAGGGUUGGGGUUCCAGCGGUCAUCUAGCCCAACCCGCUGCGAGGCAGGAAUCUUUGGCUCGGUGUGGGUCUCGAACCCAGGACCGUGACGUUCUACUGACUGAGGCACAUCCAAUCUUAAUGCUAAAGUCAUUUGGGAACCUGUGGUUUAGUUUUGGGGGGCGUGACUCAGUACUGGGGGGCUUUGGGGUUCCUUGAGAUGCUCAGUGGGUCUUUUUGGGGGGGCAGUCAGGCUGUGGAUCCUCACUUUCCCCCCUCUUCUUUUUAUUUCGCGCCCCCCCCCCCCCCGGCAGCCGGCGGAAGUGAACAUCUUGGUGGGCAAGGACCGGAGCAACCUGUUUGUCAACGGCCUGACUCUGGGCGGCCAGAAGUGCUCUGUCAUCCGGGACAGCCUGCACACGGACGGCGAAUGCACCAUGGACCUCAGGACCAAAAGCACCGGCGGGGCCCCCACCUUCAACAUCACAGCCGCCAUGACGGCCAAGAGUGAGUUAACCGGGGGGGGGGGCACCCCUUCCUCUCCCCUCCCCAAAUCUCCUUGCAGCUAUCCAUCUCUUCCCCGCUUGCAGAAGGGACGACUUGCAUUCUUUCCCCCAACAGCUGUGGGGUUUUUUUGGGGGGGUGGUGUCCCUCUGCUUCAAAUGGGGGGGGUGGACAGCUGUUGCUAAUCCAGCCCCCGGCUGGGCAGAGAAGGCGGCCUCUGUCUUGCCGUGGCAGCUGCAAGGGGUCGUAAAUCUUGCUUAAUGGGAGCCGGGUUUUUAGCUGGAAGGGUGGAGGGAUGGGACCCCUGGGGGUCAUCCAGCCCAACCCGCUGCAAGGCAGUGGAGAAGAGUCUGGCACCUGAGGUUGGGGCGCAUUGUAGGGUAGGUAGGGACCCCCCGGGGUCAUCCAGCUCAACCCCCUGCCAAGGUAAUGGCUGUCGGGUCAGGGGGUUGGGAUGGAUGACCUCCAGAAGUCCCGCCCAAGUCAAAUUUGGCAUCCUUUGCGUGGCACGGCUUCUGGCUAGCGGGGUGUCGGCUGCUCAACUUGAAGGUGGCCCCCGGUUCUGGCUAGAGGAGCCCUGCCUUGGGUUCCCCCCCUCCAAAAAAAACCACCCUUCAGUUGGGACCUGGAGGUUCUAUUAUUAUAAUUUAAUUUAGUCCUUGUUGCCCCAGCCGCUCUGGGCAGCUUUGCGCAAAAUCUAAAAGCCUCGCUCUCCUCUGUGAAUUUUCCCUGCCUGAUCUGUCUGCACUUCCUGCCUCUUGUGGCAGGGAGUUCCGCAGUAGUUCACCUUUGGCCCGCAAUUGCAGAGGGGUUUUCCACUUUCCAAGGCUUCUCCCUAAAUUCCCCUGAUUUUGCAGGACCCAUAAAAAAGUCCACUGCUGUUUAUUACGUCUUUAUCUCUGUCGGAAGCUCCCCAGAAUGGCAUUAGUACCCUUACUGUGGUUGGACUACAACUUCCAUCGUCCCUGACUGCUGGUCCUGCUCGCUAGGGCUGAUAGGACUUGUAGUCCAACGCCAGCUGAGGGACCCCCAUGGAAAGCAGUGCAAAUUUGGUGCUUCUCAAGUUUGGUCCUCAGCUGCGGUUGGACUACAACUCCCAUCACCCCCGACCACCGAUCCUCCUUGCUGUGGACAAUGGGACUUGUGGUCCGACACCCGCAGGGAAACCCCACCAUUGACGGUGGCACCGAUUCGGCGCUUCUCGAUCUCUUCCCCCACUGUCUCUUAGACCACAUCUCCCAUCAUCCCUAGCAUGGGAGUUGUAGUCCUCGGAGAGGAUGAUGGGAAUUGUAGUCCGACCCCAGCUGGGAACACACCCCCCCCUACGGAAGGCAAAACCUUUUCAGCGCCCCUCAGCCUUGCUGCCGGGGGACUCCAUCUGCCACGACCACCGACUUGCCCAUCCCACUCGCUGUGGACGAUGGGUUUCGUAGUCCCUCUGCCCCAGCUGGAGAAAACUGCGACUUUGAGCUGGAGAAACGCAGCGCCUGGGUGCAAAUGGACCCUCCCUUCUCCUCCUCCUUGGGUGGUUGGUGCCUGGGGGGGUCUUAAUUUCCUUUUGCGCUGACCCCCCCCCCUCUCGUUUCUCCCCCCAGCGAUAGUCCUGGUGAUGGGCAAGGAAGGCGUCCACGGCGGCUGCGUGAACAAGAAGUGCUUUGAGAUGGCCAACCACUUGCGGAGGUCGCAAUAUUGAGGGCCCCCCCUUGCCCCCGCCUGCGGUACUACUGAGGGACCGGGGGGGACACACGAUGCCCACGGGGGCUGCCACCGCCCGGGACCCCCAGCCCAGCCCCGGCCUGACCAGCGUGGGACACCCACCCCCCCGGCGCCGGACCGCCACUCUCUUCCUCCUCUCCUCCCCCCACCCCACUUUUCCUGCUUUCUCAACAGUUGUUAUUUUUUUUUCUACCCCCCACCCCCCAAAAAAUCGCGCACCCCCCCCGUCUCUCCUCCUCUCCCCCCUUGGGGCCAUUUUUUUCUAUCACGAGAAAUCCUUAUCGCUGCCAAAUUUUCUGAUGGUUACAAGGUGUAGCUUUUUUUGGGGUUAAGAAAAAAGAAAACUAUAUUGGAACAAGACGAACGAAAUAAAAGAGAAAUUGAAUUCUGAA